AGUUGCCAAAUUUCCUUCAAGAAAAAAGAAAAGAAAGUGCAUUUCGACAUAUUGCAGAGCUCACAGUAAAGAAAUAUGGAAGAAUCAUUUCCCAUGAAUGGUGGAAACUGUGAGUACAGCUAUUCCAGGAACUCCUGUAGACAGAAAAAAGCUGCAGAGAGAGCAAAGCAAUAUUUACUUGAUGGGAUUGUUGACCACUUUGACAUAGAAGAUACUUCUUCAAGCCAGUUUACCAUUGCUGAUUUAGGUUGUUCAACAGGGCCAAACACAUUUGUUUCAAUGGAAAACAUUAUACAAGGAAUAACUCAGACAUACAAAAUCAAAGGCUACUCAACCCUGCCAGAAUUUCAAGUUUAUUUCAAUGAUCAUAUUUCCAAUGAUUUCAAUACUCUCUUUCUCAAUCUCCCUUCAAAUAGGAAUUACUUUGCUUGUGGAGUUCCAGGCACAUUUCAUGGCAGAUUGUUUCCAAGGGCUUCUCUUAACUUUGUGUACUCAGCUUUUGCAAUGCAAUGGCUAUCAAAAGCACCAGAAGAGCUGAAUGACUUGAAUUCUGAAGUGUGUAACAGGGGAAGAAUUCAUUAUGCAAAUGCACCAGCUGAAGUCUGUGAAGCUUAUGCUACUCAAUAUGCAGCAGACAUGGCUUCCUUUCUAGCUGCUCGAGCAGAAGAAGUUGCUCCUGGAGGAUUAAUGGCAUUUAUAAUUCCAGGUCGUCCUGAUGGUACACUUGCAUCAGAAUACUCCCUUGGUCAGGUUUUCCACAUAGUGGAGUUCUGCCUACUAGAUAUGGCAAAUGAGGGCAUAGUAAGCAAAGAGAAGUUGGACUUGUUCAACUUGCCAUUGUACAGCCCUUCAAUAGAGGAGUUAAAAAAAUUAAUAGAGAAAAAUGGCAAGUUCAGUAUUGCAAAACUGGAAGCUCAUGAAGAAGACACCAAGAUACCUCCAUCAGGAUACUGCAGAGCUGGUUUUGAGAGCAUUGUCAAGAAACACUUUGGUAGUGAAAUCAUUGAAGAACUCUUUGAAAGAUACAAAAGAAAACAUGCAGAGAUGUACCAUAUAGUUGCUGCUGAUUUCGUUUCCCUUAGUGUCUUUGUCCUUCUCAAGCGCCAUCUUUGAUUAAACCCUAACUCAAACUUUGCAGGCUAUGUAUGGUUCAAUCCUUGGCAUCCCCCUCUUUUUCUUUUUUCUAUUUUUCUUCUUUUUAACUCUUUUUGAUGUCUAAGAAGAAAGGAUGCUCUAUUUUUGAACUACUUGUAUCAUUUAUUUAAUUGUAAUAUUAAUGUUUUGCAUGUUUUUUAUUUUUAUUUUUUAUAGAUAGUUGAUAGUUUUUAGUUAUGCGUUAACCGGUAUAAUUAUGUCACUUGAUAAAACAUUAACAUAUAUUAUUAUAUAAUUAUUUAGGCACAAUCCAUAUUUAGACACCUAAAUUUUAAUUAUUUAAUCACUUUAGCACUUUAACUUUCAAUUGAACUUAAUAAACACCUAAAUUUUAUUUUUAUGAUAUAUUAAACACUUUUAUUCUUUGUUUUAACCUAAUAGACACUCAAACUUUAUUUAAUGAUAAUAUCAAAAUAUUUAUGCGUAAUACACGUGAACAUGUUAAAUGAAGCCACGUGUCAAAAGGUACUUAAAUAUUAUGAAAAUUACAAGUUAAA